AAUCAGUCUGCAGGAGCCUCUCGAAAAGAGGUUAAAAAGCUGCACACAGUCCUACGUACGCACGCAUACUUGCGCGCAUGCGCAAUCAUUACACGGCAUAUCGCUACGAGCAUGUGUAUGUGUGUGUAACACGUAAAACCGCGAGAAAUGUCGCGUCGUAAUACCUACAGCGAAGAAUAUAGUGGCACUCCGACUUUCAGGCCACGAAUUCAGUCUUAGAGGCACGCUAUAAAAGGCUUUAAGAGUUUCCCCGUGUACGCGCGAAUUGAGCGAGAUUUGCAUGGCAGUGGCUCGUGGCGGGAAUUCCGCGUGAAAUGUCGAGCGACUUUUUUAAACGGCCUAACCUAAUGAACGCGACAGCCGGCGACAUUGUUCAACUGUUCCACGGCCAAGCUGGACGGUUGCACGAUGGUAUCCACCGUUUCUCACUCGUUCGUCAUCAGUGUCAAGUUUCCGCCACGCGUAUCAUCGAACGUUCCAUUACUCUUCGACCGAACGAACGAGGAAACCGGGCGAUUCGCGGUCGCCAGUCGGGAGACGAAGAAAAUUACACGAGGCGCGGGACAGGCGGUAUUUUGCGGCGCAGAAUGUCAAUUAAACGGUGUGGCCGAUUAACCAUAACCAAAACCUCGACAAAGGCCAGGACCCGUGCACCGUUUCGCACUCCGGUGGGUUCAUCACGCGAUAAUUUAUAUGGUAAUUCCAGGGACGUAAUAAGUCCCCCUUGGCAAACUCUGGCUGGUGGUGCCACUACACACGAGCCAACGUAUCCAGCCCACGUUCUACCACGCUGACCCCGGACGUUCCAUCGGGAGAGAGAACGAGGCUGCCAUGUACACAUCAUUACUAAAAGCGGUCAUCGAUUCAUCGAGCCUCGGACCAGCGACGCCCGUUCUCUCGUCUGCCCGUCGAUCCUGCUCUCUUGUAAGCGCGUACACGCGCCUUUAUGCGCGAUCACGACCUCUGAUCUAUGCGGUGUACGUGUGUGCGCGAGAGUGU